CUGUAUUACAUUAAUAAGUGACGACGUUUUAAAUGUGUUGAAAUACAUUUUAAAUUAUGAGAACGAAUUUCGGACUUUUUGUUGUUAUAUAUUUUGUUGUAAAUAUUACUGGUGUUUGUCUGUUGGAAAAUUAUAUUAAGGAGGACCCAUACAAAAAUGUGAGAGUAGAAUUUCCCGAUGACCUGUGUGAUGAUCGGGAACUUAUGUUGCCAGAUUAUAGAACGCUGGGACGUAGAACCAGUGAAGUGAAGUGCAUGGAAUAUAUAUGGCGAAUAAAGUACGCUCAACAAAGAUAUGAAAACAGAAUAAGAUGUGAAAUGCAACGAGGAGUAACAGCAUUACUAGGAGGUGGCGCCGCGGCACACGGUGAAUAUCCGCAUAUGAGUGCUCUUGGGUGGAAGGCGAUAGUUGGAAAGUGGAUUUUUAAAUGCGGAGGUUCCCUUAUAAGUGAGAAGUUUGUGCUGACGGCUGCCCAUUGCUCCAGUGUGAAGAAGACCGAUCCAACGGUCUCAGGUGUUGAGCCAAAAAUUGUAAGGCUAGGCUCUAAAAGUAUUUCGGAUACUGUCGACGGACGUCCAGCUUAUGAUAUCGGUAUUCGUAGAUUUAUCAAUCAUCACCGAUAUAAGCCAUCUCAACACUACUUUGAUGUCGCACUCGUAGAACUUGUUGAAGAGGCCACUUUCAAUUGGAAAGUGCACCCCGCUUGCUUGUGGACUACAUUUGAUAAUCCGGAGACAGGGGAGUUGACUGGUUGGGGAAUCACUGAAAAAGACACUCUGAAGACAUCUCCCAUAUUACAAAAGGCGGAAAUAAGAAUAGUAGAUUCAGUUGAUUGUGACAGCAAACUAAAGUACAGGCACAAUAGGAAGUGGCAGGGAAUUAUGCGUCACCAGCUCUGUGCUGGAGACAAGUCUGGCCGUAUCGACACCUGCCAGGGCGAUUCUGGUGGACCUUUGCAAAUUGUAAUUCCAUUACCCAGGUCAUACUACAUUGUUGUUCCAUGGAAUAUUCACCAGAUCGUUGGUGUCACAUCGUUUGGAUUCGGAUGCGCACGUAAAGACACUCCCAGCGUUUACACAAGAGUGGCCAGUUUCGUCGGCUGGAUAGAAAAUAUUGUAUGGCCGAUUAAUAUCACUAGAUCUCAUGAGGAUAAUGAGGCCCGAUUCCUUUUUGUGACGUGAUGCAAAACCAAAAAGCACAAAAUAGAGAAACAUAA